UCCUAUUUUUGUGAGUGAUUUUGAACCUCCGUGUUUUUCAGAUUUUGGCAGAGAGUGCAGCCAGUAAUGAAGGGAUAGAUGCACCUAGCACUGUAGAUUUUGAAGAGACAGAGGGCUUCUCUCUACAGGAUCCUGGACCAUUAGUGCUUCAUCGUGGGUCACAGUGCAACAUCAAAUGUCUGCAACGCUCAUCAGCUGUUCAGGCAAAGGCUGAAAUGGUUAGUGUGGGGACUCAGACUGAGCAACACUGCCCAGUUCUGUCCAAAGUGAGGAUGAAUCAUCCUCUGAUGUCAUGGACCAUUCUGAUCUGUCAUGGAUCCCAGACGAGGAGAUGAGUAGUGAGUCAUCUGAUGAGGAGAAUUCAGAAGAGCCAAUACAGGAAUCUCUCAAUGACCCCAAUGUGGCUGACAAGUUCAUUGUUUGCCUAAGCCAGCUUAUGUGUCUGUUCACAAUUUGCUCGGUCUGUUGUGGGGAAACCCAGGGACAAAUAGAGUACCAGGAAGGGACUUACAUAAAAAUCAAGCAGGCCUGCACAGCAUGUGGCUAUCAGCGUUACUGGCAGAAUCAAAAUAUGCUGCACCGAAACAUGCCCGCCUGCAAUCUUCAACUCAGCGGUGCCAUUCACUUUUCGGGCUGCAUGGCUACUCAGACCAUCAGAAUGCUGAAGCUGUUUGGGCUGCAGUGCAUCAGUGCAAGCACUUUUUUCCGCCAUCAGCGCUUCUACACAAUUCCUACCAUCGUGCAGGCCUGGCAGAAUGAGCAGAGAGGGAUCAUCAGAGAGUUGAAGGAGAUUGGGGGUGGACUGAUCCUCUCUGGUGACUGCAGAUCAGACUCCCCAGGACAUUGUGCCAAAUAUGGAACAUAUUCCUUCAUUGAAGACCGAAUAAACAAGGUUUUGGAUCUUCAACUUGUCCAGAGCUCAGAAGUCCCAAGCAGCACCUGGUGUAAGAUAGAGGGACUGAAGCGCAGUGUGCAGUUCCUGAAGGACCAAGUCAUGCAGGUGUCAGCCCUAAUAACCGACAGAAAUCGCCAGGUUGCUAAGUGGGUCCGUGAGGAGUUGUGUCCAGAAGGAACAAGCCAUUUCUACGACAUCUGGCAUAUUGGGCAAAGUUUACAAAAAGCACUGGUUACUGUGGCCAAGGAGAAGGAUUGCGAGGACCUGAAGCUAUGGAGACCUGCCAUCAUCGACCAUUUAUACUGGACUGCGUCUUCCACCCCAAAUGGCGAUCCCGAUAAGAUGGAGGCCAAGUGGCAGAGCAUGCUGAACCAUGUUCAGGAUAUACAUGAACACAGUUACCCUUCAUUUCCGCAAUGUGCACACCCACCUCUGGAAGGAGAGGGAAGAAACAAGCAGUGGCUGGAACCAGGAUCAACAGCUGCGAUAAAGUUGGAAAGUGUUGCUUCCAGAAAGGCCCUGCUGAAGGAUAUUCGACAGCUUUCACCGCAACACCAAACAUUUUCCUUGGAGGCAUUCCAUUCUUUAAUCCUGCACUUUGCACCAAAGCACACCGGCUUCUCUUUUCUUGGAAUGAACAGCAGACUUCUGUUAGCGGCCCUCCACUUCAAUAACAAUGGAGACAGAGAAUUAGCCCGAACAAACAGUGGUGAGGCACGCUAUACAGUCCGUUACCCCCGGUUUCGGAAGGGUGGCUGGGUCGUUUGACCCAUAAAGGAGAAACCAUCAUAUGAAUAUGCAUCGGCCCUGAUGAUCUCACUGAGAGAGGUAUACAUAAGGUCACC